UUAUAGGGAAGAAGAAAGUCAACAGUAAUGUGGUUUGUAGACCAUUUGGGAUGAUCACAUCCUGAGCAAAUGGUGACCAAUUGUAGAAUGGGAAUGGUGUGGGACACUGAGACCACCAAAGACAAAGGAGUGUCAGAACUUAAUUAACAUAGAUACUAUAGCUGUUGCAAGAGGAGCAACUUCAUUUACAUGAAGGGUAGUAAAAUGAACAUGUAUAAAAGGUUUGAACUUAGGAUGUUCUGGCUUCUUUUUGACUCCGUUGAACCCAAGCUUUAAAACACUGAUCGGACAGUGAUGGAUUCCCUGAACUUUGAGUCCGAGAUGGAGGCAGACGGGCAGGGCAAUUACUCUCUGUUCCCAGCGCUGGACAGCAUGAGCAGCCUGACUGGAGCCGCGGAGAGUCUGGACGCUGAAACCCCUAAUGAGGUUGCAGAUAAACCGAAUCUCACUUGGCUCGACGCUGCUCAGAUUGUUCUUGAAGAGGCCGGGCGGCCCAUGCACAUCAAGGAGAUUAAGCAACGGAUCAUCGAUCGUGGACUGGUGCAGUCAAAUGCAAAGUCAAGCCUCGAGGCAGUCAUGUAUCGAGAGACUCAGAAAGGGAGCAGACGCUUCAAGAGGAUUGAAAGCAGGAAUGGAGUUUUUGCCCUGUUGACUGAUGAAGAGAGACAGCAUGCAUUGCAGGCAUUCUCUGCCCAGUCCACCUUCUCCAGCUCGGGCUCCGGCUCGUCCCUGGGACCCCUGCCUUCUCCAACGAGCCACACUGAGUCCAGGCCUAAGGUCAGGAAGGGCAAUCGUAAGAACCAAAACGAGAAGUAUCGGCUGAAGUACAUUCGUCUGCGCAAGGCUGCCCGUGCUAUGAUAUUUGAAAAUGCAGCGUUAUAUGAUGAGAUUGCUCACCUGGAAGAGAAGUUUGUCCGGGCAAAAGAAGAAAGGAGAUUCCUGCUGAAGUCUUUGUUGCAGUAUCAGUCUCUGGCUGAAGGAGAGUCAGUCCCGACCCCCAGCUGCAGCACACACCCACCCGUCACAUUGAGCUCCAGCACAGCAGGGGGCGCUGCUCUUCCAGGCAAUCACAGCCAGGCCACGGGACUCUCAGCAUCUGAAGACAGCCUUUUGAAGAAACCCAAAAAAGAAAGAAAGGAGAGGGGAAGAGAGAACAGCAGGGAGGAACUUAUGAAGAAGAUUUGUAAGAAAAGGAGGGUUGUGGAAGGCGGACUGCGCAAGCUCGUGCAGCCCAUCUCGCUGGAUUCUUCCGGGAGGCCGGUCUUUCCCAUCGUUCUUGGUGGACUCACUGUGUACAGCCUGGGGGAGAUCAUCACAGACAGGGCUCUGUUUCAUGAUGAAACCGCCAUCUAUCCCGUGGGGUUCUGCAGCACCAGGGUUUUCGCCAGCAUGAAGAACCCUGAUCUGAAGUGUCUCUACACCUGCCAAAUCAAAGAUGGUGGUCAAGGACCACAGUUUGAGAUUGCACCUGAGGAUGAUCCACAGAACGCAAUAGUGGCCUCAUCAGCCCUCACCUGCCACGCGAACCUGCUCAAAGCCAUUGCUGCCCGAAGGGGUAAACCCUUGACCAACAUUGUCCCAACUGGAGCAGACUUUUUUGGUUUUUCUCACCCCACCAUUCAGAACCUGAUCCAGAGCUGUCCUGGGGCUCGCAAGUGCAGCAAUUAUCAGUGGGUGCGUUUUGAGGUCUGUCGGCCUGGGGACGGACAGGUGGCACAUGGCCUUUCGGAAGAUGACGCAUCUGUGAACUUCGAGUCCUUUCAGCGAGUGCAAAGCUGUGAGGAGAGUCCGAACCUUACAACAGAACACAGCAGCACAGUGCGACCACAACAAGCAACAAUCUCGACUCAUCUUCUGAGUUCAGCAGCACUGCAGACUUCUGUAACUUCUCUCUCCAAAACUUGAGCUUAUUCAAUCACCUUUAUCUGACAGUGAGCUCAGACUAAAGUGAUUUGUAUCCAGAUGGAGUAAUUAUAAAUAAGCCUAUCAUUUUAUAAUGUGUCACUCAGAUCUGUAGUAAGAAACCAAUAAUGCUGGUUAGACUGGAUGCAUCCCUGCAUGUCGCAGUAUGGCUUUUAGACAUUUUUACAGAACUAAGCAAAAUCCUUGUCAGGUCUGUUGUUAUUCUUUGUACUUUUAAUGUGUGUUAUCAAAGUGUGCUCCUAGUGAACAAUAUGUGAAAUACUACAGAUAAAAUGAUGGGCAAAAUCAGCCUUUAAGCGUUUAGUGUUACAGUUUAAGAUUUCCCCUUGUUUUGCCAGUUCUGUAAAGCUUAAAGGCUCGUUCAGAAGCUACAGAAUACAAUAAGCAAAGCCCUUUCGGCUUUCAUCUUUCAUUAUGUAGGUCAUUCCAUGUAUGUGAUGAGAAGGCUUUGUAACUUGAGCGAAUAAUGUAUUUCAUAAAGAAGUCUUUCGACAUCACACCUAA